AUGGGAAGAGACGGGAAGGAGACUAGGCGCCGGAGCCGCAAGAGAUCCCGCGACGCCUCCCCCUCCCCCUCCCCCUCCUCGGAUUCCGACUCCCCUUCCUCCGCGUCCUCCCCGAGCAGCAGCCCCGAGCGACGGAGCCGCAGCAGUAAGCGGAGUAGAUCAUCCUCGUCGCACCGACACCGCCACAGCCGCAAGGACAGCGGCCGGUCGCGGAGCUCCCGCGACGAGGACCGCCGCCGGCGGCAUCGGAGAAGACGGGACCAGGAGAGAAAACGGCACGGUGAGGAUGGUGGCGGGUCCUCCGACACCCAAUCGUCGGAGGAGGAUAGGGCGGAGGAGGCACGGGAGAUCGUCCGAGAUAUCCUCAGGGAAUUGCCGGCCGUAGCCGAAGAGCUUCGCCAGCUUCUCCAAAUGAUAGACAGUGGUGAAGGCAUUGAAAUUUCUGGAAUUUCCGACAAGCCAUUGGUGAAGCGCUUGAAGAAACUUUUCCGAUCUCUGAGACUGAAAGAAAGUGCUAGUGGGGCUUACUUGCUGCCUCCAAAAAAUGUUCCUACACUUGAUAUUGUUGGAUCAUUACUAUUAACAAGUUCCAAACUUUCAGACAACAAAAGUGGAAAGUCAGUAUCACCAAAUAUAGAAGAACUACCACAGGCUAACUUUGAUGUGCAAAAUAAAGAUAAAGAUGAUACUAUUUCCGAAGAGCCGAAAGUUAUUGAUGUGGAAGAGGAACCUCCUAAAAGAAGGAUAAUCGGUCCUGCAAUGCCAUCUCGUGAAUUACUGGCUGCAGCAGCUGAAAUGACAGAGGCUCUUAGGUGCCGGGAUGCUGAACUGGAAGCCGAUGAUGAUUUGCUCAUAGGCCCCCCACCGCCAGCUGUAGUUGCUGAAGCUGCAUCUGCAAAUGAAGCUGAGCGAUUUGAAGAGGUUACUCGAAUAUUGACAGCUGACACAAAUUCACCUUAUGAUGUUCUGGGGGUAAAUUGGAAGAUGUCAACUGAUAACAUGAAGAAAAGGUAUUGGAAGUUGUCUCUUUUAGUGCACCCAGACAAAUGUCCUCAUCCUUCAGCACAAGAGGCAUUCGUGAAAUUAAAUAAUGCCUUCAAAGACUUACAAGACCCUGAUAAGAUUGAGCUUAAAGCAAUGCGUGAGGCUCAUGGAAUGGAGACGGUUACAAGAUUUGAUCUGGUAAUUGUGAAGAUAUUGAAUGUCAAGGAUAAAUAUGAUGUCAUCCUCUUUUUGCUUGCAGGUGUAUCACUUGCAGGUGAUGAUGAACUUUUAGCAGGUCCAAAAGAGUCACAGGAACCUAAGAGAGAUGAAUGGAUGACCACAUUGCCACCUGAGAGAAAAGCAGGAGUGCCGAUGCAUUCAACUAAAUCAUUUAGUAUGAAUGGUAAAGAAGGACGUGGAGACACAAGUGUCUGGACUGAUACCCCUCUUGAUAGAGCACAAAAAGCACAACAAAGCUAUCUAGAAGCCUACAAUAAGACAAAGGCGAUUGCAAUAGGCGAUGAUGUAAAGAGCAAAAACCCGGAUGCUUCAAUUGUAGAUAAGUACAAUACCUCCAAAAGAUCAGUGUCUCUUGUGCAGAAGCACCGAGAGAGUAAAAAGGAGAAAAAGAAACAAAAGCAGCACGAGAAAGAAGAAUGGGAGGGAAACCACCCAUGGAAGCCAUGGGACCGGGAGAAGGAUCUGACUGCUGGGCGCCAAAAGGUAGCCUUAGACCCAGAGAACAUGUCACAAGGAUUAACUUCCCGUUUCGCAUCUGGUUCUGUUCAGAGGAACUUCCUGUAA